UAAUUAACAUAAAAGCUGAUAACUUUUUUAUAAGUAAAAAUUAAGGGGGUUGGUGAAGCAGACGAGGACGAAGCACAAGAGGCGUGUUAAACGCUCAUUCCUCUGUUUAGAAUCAGAUUAGGAUUCCUUUUUUUUUUUUUCCAUUAGUUGUGCUUCAGAAUUCUUCUUUACAAAUCUAUUGAUCGAACAGUUGGUUGGACCCUAACUGCGGAAAUGGGAUCGUUCGGGAUGCUUUCGAGGAGAACAUUGGGCACUGAUACCCCCGUCAUGACUCAGAUUCGGAAAUUAAUGGCGGAAUUGACAAACCCCAUGUCUCUUGCUCAGGUUCCCUCCCCUCUAUCUAAUUCUUCUUCUUCGCCUCUAGAAAUACAUACUUUGGGUUUCGGAGUGGUGCAUUGGCAGCCUCCUAAAAAGGCCUUGGACAAGGUCAAGGACAUUGUCUGGGAUCCUAUUGUUAGUUCUUAUGGUCCCGACGAAGGUAUUCCCGAGCUUAGACACGCUCUUCAGAUUAAGCUGCGUCAAGAAAACAAGCUAACUGAAUCAGCAGUGAUGGUCACCGCUGGUGCCAAUCAGGCGUUUGUGAAUCUUGUUCUUGCACUUUGCGAUCCUGGUGAUUCGGUUGUCAUGUUCCAGCCCUACUACUUCAAUGCCUACAUGGCCUUCCAGAUGACUGGAGUUACCAACAUCAUCGUUGGUCCUGGCCAUCCUGAUACUCUCUACCCCGACGCAGACUGGUUAGAGAAGACGCUCUCUGAGUCUAAACCCACCCCAAAAGUUGUAACUGUUGUGAAUCCUGGUAACCCAAGCGGCACCUAUGUCCCUGAACCGCUUCUCAAGAGGAUUUCAAAGAUAUGCAAAGAUGCAGGGUGUUGGCUGAUUGUAGAUAACACAUACGAGUAUUUCAUGUAUGACGGUUUAAAACAUUGCUGCGUUGAAGGAGACAACAUAGUUAACGUCUUCUCCUUCUCCAAAACCUAUGGCAUGAUGGGUUGGAGGCUUGGAUAUAUAGCUUACUCAGAGAGAUUAGAUGGGUUUGCGGCAGAGCUCUUGAAAAUUCAAGACAACAUCCCAAUCUGUGCCUCCAUAAUAUCUCAGCGCCUGGCUUUAUACGCACUAGAGGAGGGUGCUGGGUGGAUAACAGAGCGGGUAAAGGGUCUGGUGAAGAACAGGGAGAUUGUUAAAGAGGCCCUUGAGCCGCUGGGGAAGGAGAACGUGAAGGGAGGAGAAGGAGCGAUAUACUUGUGGGCAAAACUACCGGAGGAACAUGGAGAUGAUUUCAAGGUGGUGAGGUGGCUGGCUCACCGUCAUGGAGUGGUGGUGAUCCCGGGGAGUGCAAGUGGUGGUUCAGGGUAUGUCAGGGUGUCGUUUGGAGGGUUGAAGGAGGAAGAAAUGAGAGCUGCUGCGGGGAGGCUGAGGAAAGGAUUAGAGGAGCUGGUUCACCUUGGAAUGGUGGAGUGAAUUGUUUGUUAAGAAAAGAUGGUUUACUUUGCGUGUUACUGAAAUUAUUAUAGUUUUUUAAGACUACAACUAAUAAAGAGUGUUUCUAUAUCUGAUUCAAAGUCAUUUUGUAUUGGGAAACUAAUUAAAUGGUGUGUUCCCUUUGGUGUGUAUAUACACUCUCUUUACUUAUUAAAAUGAGUUUUCCAUUC